AUGGUGACAAAGUUCUUUGAUACACAUGACUGCACAGUACAAUACAACCAAGGAGGGGCAGACAGAAUGUGCAACAACGCACUAAUUAGCGAUUUGAUUUUCCAAAAGAUCGCUGCUGACCCACAAUACAAAAUCAAACACAUCCAAGUUGAUGUGAGUCAACAUUACAGUGUGGACAUUUCGUACAGGAAUGCAUGGUACGCCCGACAAAAAUGCAUUGAAAUGCAGUACGGGAAUUUCCAACAAUCCUACAAUGAUCUCCCACAAUUCUUGUGUAACUUGCAAGUGUCCAACCCGGGAACGAUUGUCGAGAUGGAGUGUAUUCCUUCCGAACUACGUGGUUCUGAAUACAUGCAUUUCAAGUAUGCAUUCUGGGCUUUCAAGCCGGCAAUUGAUGGAUUCCGCUCCUGCGUCCCAGUUAUAUGUAUUGAUGGUACACAUUUGUACAACCGGUACAAAGGGCAUCUCCUUCUAGCAUGCGGAUACACUGCAAACAAAGAAAUAUAUCCACUGGCUUAUUCAAUAGUGGACUCAGAAAAUAAUGCUAGCUGGACUUGGUUUAUACGACUACUCGCUGAACAUGUCUUCCCCGAUUACGACUCAAUGUGCAUCGUUUCGGAUAGACAUGCUGGAAUUGAUGCGGCGUUUAAGAACGUCAAACAAUUGCAUGGCCGAGUGAAACGUAGGUAUUGCCUUAGACACCUGCGGAGCAAUGUCCUGACAAAGGUCAGUAGAAAUCGGUGGUUACGUAGAUUGAUUUGGGAAGCUGGUACUGUUGUUACAACAAAUCAAUUCAAUGAAAACAUGCAGACCAUCCAACAAAACUGGCCCAAUGCAUACAACUAUCUGGCAGAACUCGAUGAAGAGGCAUGGACAUUAUGUCACGAUGGGGGUUAUCGGUACGGCAUUAUGACAACCAAUCUAUCUGAGUCAUUUAAUAACUCGAUUAAGAGUUGUCGAAUGUUGCCUAUCACGAAAAUCGCACGAAUAACUUUUCACAAGUUACGAACAAUGUUUGUCGAUAGGCGUACUGCGGGGGAGAUGAUGCAUCAGCAGCAAAAUGCUUUUCACGCCAAAGAUUCAUGA